GGAAGAGAAGACGGCCCCCCUCUCUCGGCCCGGCCAUCUUGUGGGAAGAGCUGAAGCAGGCGCUCUUGGCUUGGCGCGGCCCGCUGCAAUCCGUGGAGGAACGCGCCGCCGAGCCACCAUCAUGCCUGGGCAUUUACAGGAAGGCUUCGGCUGCGUGGUCACCAACCGAUUCGACCAGUUAUUUGACGACGAAUCGGACCCGUUCGAGGUGUUGAAGGCAGCAGAGAACAAGAAAAAAGAAGCCGGCGGGGGCGGCGUUGGGGGCCCUGGGGCCAAGAGCGCUGCUCAGGCCGCAGCUCAGACCAACUCCAAUGCGGCAGGCAAACAGCUGCGUAAAGAAUCUCAGAAAGAUCGCAAGAACCCGUUGCCGCCCAACGUUGGCGUGGUUGACAAGAAAGAGGAGACGCAGCCGCCCGUAGCGCUUAAGAAAGAAGGAAUAAGACGUGUUGGAAGAAGACCUGAUCAGCAACUUCAGGGUGAUGGGAAAAUAAUUGAUAGGAGACCAGAAAGGCGACCACCUCGUGAACGACGAUUUGAAAAGCCACUUGAAGAAAAGGGUGAAGGAGGAGAAUUUUCAGUUGAUAGACCGAUUAUUGACCGGCCUAUCCGAGGCCGUGGUGGUCUUGGAAGAGGUCGAGGAGGCCGUGGACGUGGAAUGGGCCGAGGAGAUGGAUUUGAUUCUCGUGGCAAACGUGAAUUUGAUAGGCAUAGUGGAAGUGAUAGAUCUUCUUUUUCACAUUACAGUGGCCUGAAGCAUGAGGACAAACGUGGAGGUAGCGGAUCUCACAACUGGGGAACUGUCAAAGAUGAAUUAACAGAGUCCCCAAAAUACAUUCAGAAACAAAUAUCUUAUAAUUGCAGUGACUUGGAGCAAUCAAAUGUGACUGAGGAAACACCUGAAGGUGAAGAACAUCCAGUUGCAGACACUGAAAAUAAGGAGAAUGAAGUUGAAGAAGUAAAGGAAGAGGGUCCAAAAGAAAUGACUUUGGAUGAAUGGAAGGCUAUUCAGAAUAAGGACCGAGCAAAAGUAGAAUUUAAUAUCCGAAAACCAAAUGAAGGUGCUGAUGGGCAAUGGAAGAAGGGAUUUGUUCUUCAUAAGUCGAAGAGUGAAGAGGCUCAUGCUGAAGAUUCGGUUAUGGAUCAUCAUUUCCGGAAGCCAGCAAAUGAUAUAACGUCUCAGCUGGAGAUCAAUUUUGGAGACCUUGGCCGCCCAGGACGUGGUGGCAGGGGAGGACGAGGUGGCCGUGGGCGUGGUGGCCGUCCAAACCGUGGCAGCAGGACUGACAAGUCAAGUGCUUCUGCUCCUGAUGUAGAUGACCCAGAGGCAUUCCCAGCUCUGGCUUAACUGGAUGCCAUAAAACAACCCUGGUUCCUUUGUGGACCCUCCUCUCUGAGGUUUUGCAUGCUUAAGGAUCCCAAACGACUAAGAAAUUAAAAAAAAAAAAAGACUGUCAUUCAUACCUUUCACACCUACAGACUGAAUUUUAUCUGUUUUGAAAAUGAACUUCUCUAGCUACACAGAAGUAACAAUAUGGUAGUCAGUUUUGUAUUUAGAAAUGUAUUGGUAGCAGGGAUGUUUUCAUAAUUUUCAGAGAUUAUGCAUUCUUCAUGAAUAUUUUGUAUUGCUGCUUGCAAACAUGCAUUUCCAAACUUGAAAUAUAGGUGUGAACAGUGUGUACCAGUUUAAAGCUUUCACUUCAUUUGUGUUUUUUAAUUAAGGAUUUAGACGUUCCCCCAAUUACCGACCGGUUUUAAAUACUGGACAUAUCAGUUUUAAUACCUGCUUUGCAUUUUCACACAUGGUUAACUGGGACAUGUAAACUUUGUCAAAUUUUAUGCUGUGUGGAAUACUAACUACUUUGUGUAUUUUAACUUAGUUUUAAUAUUUUCAUUUCUGGGAAAAAAUCUUUUCACUUCUCAUGAUAGUUACAUGCUAAAUCUUUAUAUACAGAAAUACCAGACUUGAAAAAAUUCAAAGCCCAUUGGUUUAUUAACCCUUGCUCCUGCAUGGUUCAUUGGGUUCCAAUUAUAAUUGAUUCACAAUUUCAAAAUGUGUGACUUUCCCACUUUAAAAACCAAAUUAGACAUCUUACUGGUGAAAGUUGUUUAAGCUACUUACUGUUGAUAGACACAUCCUGUUAGGUGAAGUAGUUUUAUGGGUGUUGGGCUUUCCCCACUCCAAUAGAGUGGGUGGAACAAAGUUGAUUUGGCUAAUGCAUAAUGAAAUUUCAACUGUAUGGCAAGUUGGUAUGACUUGUGUGUGUGAAAGGUCCCAGAUCAAAAUUGUACACCCAUAAUCAACAAUCCUUUAACCCUUCCUUGUUCUAAAGAAACCAAAGGGCACUGGUUAGUAUGGUAAGAUGGGGGAGUAUAUUACUUUUUGGAAUUUGGAAAGCAGACAGCUUUAGUCGAUAAGAUUGGAACAGCAGCACCAUCCAUGAAAUAUAAACCAAAAAAUCCUGUUCUUGAAUUUCCUAUAUUGCUAUUAAUUUUGGUCCUGAGUUGAUAGAUACUGUUCCACAGAAGGUGGUAUCUUUUACCUCUUCUCCAUUAGAAAAUUAGGUUAAUAAUGGAUUACUGAACUGGAACAUCACCACUUAGUUAGUAAAACAUGGAGAAAAUGAUUAAUAAACAGGUUUUCUACGAUCCUUUUUUUAAGUCUUCUGACACAUUGUUAAAGCAGGAAAGGAAUUUUAUUUAUAGUUUUAAAAACUUUUUUUGUCACUCGUUAAUUUUCAGUUAUUUUCUACCAAUGUAUGGUAAUGUCCAGUUUUUAAAAUACUGAAGAUCUUAAAUCAUAAAGUGUCUGCUGUUUAGCUGAUUAGUUCUACCAUACACUUCUGAGAGAAGUUGCACAGUACGAAAGUUAAUUCAUUUGGGUUACUAGUUACCUACCAGUUUGACAUCUUAGGAAGGAGGUAAUGGUUUUUAAUGAUGGAUAAACGUGCUGGUGUUUUGGAUCUUAUGCUGAGUGUGUUCUGGUGCUAAUGUCUAAUACAGUUUUAUAUUUACAAACAUACCUUCUACCCAGAGGCAAGUAUUAAUUUAGUCCAUAUGGACUAUUGACCCCUCGAGAUUGCAGCAUACGUACUCCUAAGUCAGUGUGUUUAGACUUUAGAGUAUCUUAACUCAUUUCUGGACAUGUAAUAUGUUUAUAAACCUCUUGGUUUCUAGCAACAUACAGAAAUCACCUGUUAUUAAAAACACUUCAAGUUCUACUCUUUGUCAACCAUUGCUGACAUUCUGUCACUAGAGAAUACACGGCAAUAUCUGAUAUGUUGCAAGCUUUCAAGGUAGCCUGAACUUUAAAAAGUUGGUCCAUUAGUUGUAUCUGGUGGAUGUAAUUUGCCUCCUAGUUCACUCUGUGUCAAGAGCUAAAACUGUGAACCUAACUUUCUUUUAUUGGUGGGUAAUAAAGAUUUUAUUUUCAUGCUCA